UAUGCUGGUUUGGAGUAUUGGAUCAAGCUUAGCUGAAGAAGGACAUGAUGUUAUUGCCUUAACUAAAACAAACUUUGAAACGAAAAAGUUAAAACAUUUUGAAAAGAACAUCAAGACUUGGCAAUAUCAACCAAUUGAAAGCUAUUUUGACCAAUUUCGCGGAAUGGAAAAACAGCUUUUGCAGUCGGGAAUUAAACGAGCGUUGAAAGGACAACCGCCAGAGAUGAGGGCAGACAUGAUUGAAUAUUUGUACAAUGAGACUAUAGCUAUUGUUGAAAACAAAGAAUUAAUGAACAAGAUAAGAGAUUAUAAAUUUGAUGGUGCAAUUUUGGAUGGAUUUCUCCUCGCUAGAUUUUUCGUAAUCAUUCCUUAUCAUUUUGGAAUUCCUAUUUUCACUGUUACUGAAUCACAAAUAGAUCCCGUGUUUCAACCAAUUUCGCUACCUUCCUACAUUCCUCAUUUGUUGUCUCCGUUUACAGAAAUAAUGUCUUUUACUGAAAGAUUAUCGAACUUUUUUACAUAUAUUGUACUAUUCAAUCCCACCCUUCGAAAUUUGAUAAUUCCUCAGAUGCCUACAGAUUAUCUGUUCAAGAAAUUUGUUAGAGACGAUAAGAUUAAACAUUGGGAUGAUUUAAUAGCAAAGUCGGAAUUGUUUAUUAUAACUCGAAAUCACAUGCUUGAAUAUGCUGCACCGACUUGGCCAAAUGCUGUUGUUGUGCACAGUAUAACUGUAAGACCUUCUAAGCCUUUGUCAGAAAAUUUCGAAAAACUAGUAUCCAAACAUCCAGAUAAGAAAAUUGUAUAUGUUAGUUUUGGAUCUCAUGGUGAUUUAUUACCCGUUUCGAUUUCAUUACAAUUACUCGAGGCCUUUAGGUCUAUGGAUGACAUUCAUUUUAUUUGGUCAUAUCGUUUUCCGGAAAAUGAAAGUAUUAAUUUUCCAUCUAAUGUAGAUAUUGUUCCGUGGGCACCACAAAACGAUUUACUCGGUCACGAUAGAGUAUCAGUAUUUAUCACUCAUGGAGGAAACAAUGGACAAUCCGAGAGUGUCUAUCACGGAAAACCAAUGCUAUGUAUUCCCUUAUUUGCAGAACAACCUCAUAAUGCUGUUCGAAUUGCCUAUCGAAAAUAUGGCAAAUAUCUUUUCCUCCAUCAUUUUUCAAAAGAGAAAUUACAAUUUUUGCUAAGAGAAGUUCUAAAUAACAAUGUAUAUGCUAAAAAUGUGAGAAGAGCUAGCGAAAUUAUAAAAUCCCAGCUUGUUCCGGAUAUUAAGAGAAUUACACAUGAAAUAGUAACUGUUACAAAAUAUGGUAGUUCCCAUCUUAAGAGUUAUGGACAGUCUAUGCCAUUUUAUCAAUAUUUUUCAUUAGAUAUGUUAAUAUUUUUAGUGUGGGCCUCAAUAUCUGCUCUAAUAGUCUUUUCAUUAGUUUCCUAUUACGCAUAUAAGAAAUUGAAGAGUUUUUUUAUUUCAUGUAUGAAGAAGAAGGUUGAAUAACUAUAAAUUUAUUGUUUAUUUGUAUUUUAAACAUUUGCAAUGUUAAUCCUUUCACUAAACAUCUCGUAUCGUAUAGAGUAGUCUUAUGGAAGUCACAUUAAUAAGCUACAUUUCUCAAAGCAAUAAAAAGCUUCAUAUUUUGUAUAUAGAUUUUUAUGCAGUAUAUUUGUAAAAUAAAAUAUUUACUCUUAUAAAUCCGUCUUAAUAUGUUUACAUUAUCUUAUCUUUUAUAUUUAAAAGGCGUCACUCUUUUAAGUUUAUUAUAAUCACUUAUUAUAAUAUAUAUUAUAAAAGAUUGUCUUCCACUCUAAAAUAUAUACAGUAUAUAUAUCUUUUUAUUAUCUUUUUUUCUUUCAGUCUCUCUUUCUCGUUCUCUCCUUGUCUUUAUUUGUUUGUCUCUGUGUCUUCUUGUCUGUCUCCCUCCGUUCAGC